UCUUCACUUUUUCGUCGCAAUACAAGAGCCACGCCUUCACGCCCUUCACAAUGGUCCAUAAUACCUUUGCAGUAAGCUCGACAUAUCUCCCCUCAUUUCUCUCGUCACAUCUUCUCCAGUAGGUGGCCAGUGGUAGUCCUGACCUACCGGGGCUUGCUGCGAAGGUAUUAUAGACCAUGGUGAAGGGUGUGAAAGCGUUGCUCUUUUAUUGCGACGAAAAAGUGAAGCAGGAAAAAAAAAGAAAAAAGAAAAAGAAAGUGAAGCAGCUCUUGCAUUGAGACGAAGAACGGAAGAAGAAAAAAAAAAAAAGGAAGCAAAAGUGAAGGUGAAGACUAAGUCAGAGAGGAGACCUUGACUCAAAAAAAUGGAAGAAAAAAAAAUAAAAAAAAAAAAAACAAAAAGUGAAGUUGAAGACUGGAAGGCGAGUCAGAGAGAAAAUUUUGAGCAGGAUUCGGUUCUUGGAUGGUUUCUCGCCCAAGCUGCCCCAAGGUGGUUCCCAGUGUUGGGUACUAAAACAAAUUUGAGUGUUCUGGCCUUCUGUUCUGUGCGUUAUGUUGAUGUAUCAUCCUUCAAGAGCUUGGACGUAUGGACUGCUUAUUGUGGCAUGCUUGUCUUGGUCUUCACUGCUUAUUGGAGCACAGUCGAGUACCGAUCCCUUGGAAGUGACAGCAUUGCGGGCCAUCAAGGCAAGUUUGAUAAAUCCAAAGAAUCUGGGUAAUUGGGAUCGAGGAGACCCAUGUACAUCAAAUUGGACAGGGGUUGUCUGCUACAGUGCUAUAUUUUCAUAUGAUGGUUAUCUACAUGUUGACCGAUUGCAACUACUAAGAAUGAAUUUGUCAGGAAUUUUAUCACCGGAGCUUGGUCAAUUGUUGAAUAUGAGAAUAUUGGACUUUAGGUGGAACCAAAUAAGUGGGAAUAUACCGAAGGAGAUAGGCAAUAUCCAAUCUUUGGUACAUUUGUUUCUGAAUGGAAACCAAUUAACCGGUCCCUUACCUGAAGAGCUAGGUUAUCUUCCAAAUUUGGUCAGAAUACAUAUUGACGAGAACUCCAUAUCAGGACCAAUACCCACAUCAUUUUCAAACCUGAACCGAGCGAAGCACUUUUACAUGAACAACAAUUCGAUUAGCGGGCAAAUCCCACCUGAGCUAUCUAGAUUACGAAAUCUUUUUCACUUCCUUCUUGAUAAUAACAAUUUAUCAGGGUAUCUUCCACCAAACUUUUCCGAACUGCCAAAUUUACGAAUCCUUCAGCUUGAUAACAAUAACUUUGAUGGGGCUUCAAUUCCACCUUCUUAUAGCAACAUGUCUAAUUUGCUAAAGUUGAGCCUUAGGAACUGCAACUUGCGCGGACCAAUUCCAGAUUUUAGCCAAAUACCAAACCUUUAUUAUUUAGACCUCAGUUCAAAUCAGCUAAAUGGAUCCAUACCUCCAAAUAGGCUUGCUGAGAAUGUCACGACUAUCUAUUUAUCCAACAACAAGCUUGAGGGACCAGUUCCCUCCAACUUUUCAAGUCUUCCUCGUCUUCAGAGACUGUCAAUUGCGAACAAUUCAUUGAAUGGCUCCAUUCCAUCCACCAUUUGGCAAAAUAAGAAUUUGACUUCAAAUGAAAGCCUUAUAGUGGAAUUGCAGAAUAAUAAGCUUUCGAAUGUUACAGGCACUACUAAUCUACCUCAGAAUGUCUCUGUCUGGCUUCGAGGGAACCCCUUAUGCUCAAACUCCAACCUACUCCAGUUUUGUGAAUCUGAAAGUGAUUACGACUAUAAAAGUCAGGGAUCAAUAAAUGUCACUUUUAAUUGUUCAGACUGCCCACCCUCUUUUGAAUAUUCCCCUACAUCUCCUAUACCUUGUUUAUGUGCUGCCCCUCUGCUUGUUAGAUAUCGAUUGAAAAGUCCUGGAUUCACAGAUUUUCGUCCGUACAAAGAUGUGUUUGAGCAGUACCUGACAUCUGCUCUUGGGUUAUUUCCUUACCAGCUGUACCUCGAUUCAUUUACAUGGGAAAAAGGACCUCGACUUGGAAUGUUCUUGAAGCUCUUUCCUGAUUAUAGCAAAAAUUCAUUUCUAUUCAAUCAGAGUGAGGUUCAGCGAGUCAUGAGCAAGUUCACAUCAUGGGGUAUUGUUGAUAGUGACUUAUUUGGACCUUAUGAACUUCUGGACUUCACUCUAUCGGACGUUUAUAAAGAAGGGAAGAAGAGUGACUCAUCCCGAACUAUGAUUAUAGUUGUGGUGGUUAUUGUUUUUGUGGUCUUAGUAAUCUGCAUCUGCGUCUGUAUCUAUUUAAGAGUGAAAAAGCGAAAGAAGAAAGUUGAAACUGUGGAUGAAAUAAUUAGUGUUGAAUCAUUGCAAUUCAACUUUGCUACAAUUAGAGUUGCUACAGAGAAUUUUUCAGAUGCAAAUAAGCUUGGGCAAGGUGGAUUUGGUGUUGUUUACAAGGGUAUGCUCUCGGAUGGACAAGAAAUAGCCGUGAAAAGGUUGUCUAGUGUUUCCAGACAAGGUGAUCAAGAAUUUAAGAAUGAGGUCUUGCUAAUGGCUAAGAUUCAACACCGUAAUUUAAUCAGGCUCUUGGGUUUCUGCUUGGAAGGAAAUGAAAGGCUUCUCAUCUAUGAGCUCAUGCCUAAUGCAAGCCUAGAUCAAUUCCUUUUUGAUCCAAUCAAACGUUUGCAUCUAGAUUGGGAGAGGCGUUACAAAAUCAUAUUUGGCAUUGCUCGAGGACUUCUUUAUCUUCACGAAGAUUCUCAAUUUCGAAUUAUUCAUCGUGAUCUCAAAACUAGCAACAUUCUAUUAGAUUCAAAGAUGAAUCCCAAAAUUGCAGAUUUCGGCAUGGCAAGAUUGUUUGUGCUAGAUCAAACUGAUGGAAAUACAAGCAGAAUCGUUGGAACUUAUGGAUAUAUGGCUCCAGAAUAUGCAAUGCAUGGACACUUUUCAAUAAAAUCUGAUGUCUUUAGCUUCGGUGUAUUAGUUCUAGAGAUGGUGUCUGGACAGAAAAAUAGUUAUUUCCUUAUAGGGGAAAAUUUCGAAAAUCUUCUUAGUCAUGCAUGGCGAAAUUGGACGGAAGGCACAGCGUCAAAUCUUAUCGAUCCCACAUUGAGAGCUAGUUCAACAUCUGAAAUAAUGCGAUGUAUCCACAUAGGAUUGCUAUGCGUUCAAGAAAAUGUAGUUGAUAGACCAACCAUGGCUUCCAUCGUUCACAUGCUUGAUGGUCACCCUAUCACUUUGUCAGUGCCCUCAUGGCCUGCAUUUUUUAGGCACACCAUUGUUGAAUCAAACAUGUCAUCAAACCAAUCCUUCCAAGUGUCAACAAAUGAGGCUUCAAUCAGUGAGUUAUGUCCUCGCUAGUGCUUGAUGGAAGUAACAAGAAUUCUUCGUUAAAGUCUUUGGAAAAUUCACUUGAGGUCCAUUCGGCUUAAAGGGCUAUGCAAUAGGAGUUGCGGAUUUAAGGCCUGGACCCAUGAGUCUAUUUGAUUGCCAUUCACCAUUACCUAUACUGCCUAUAACCCGCGUUAUGAGUUAGUUUUUCAUAAAAAGUAUAUGCACUCUUGUAUGAAACUGCUAGAAAAACUUUUAUAGUGUUAAAUUUAGCUAUUAUCAUUCAUCUGACUAUUUUGUUUGAGAUGCUCUAAAUAGGCUAUUCACUGUUCACACAAUAAAAGUUUUUUUAACA